UUUCCCCACUUUUCUUCUUCUUCUUCCAUUUCGAUGCUUCUCUUUAUAAGGUCGCUGAAGCAGAUAUGGAGGAGGGCAAAAUCGCUUCACUCUUUGGCAAAUAUGGGCAAGUUUUUUCUGGGGUUGUUCUGUGUUAUUGCUUUAGCUGCUUUUGGGAUUGCUAAUGCCUCUGAGAAGAAGCGGGAGAUUGGGAUUUUUGAGCUCAAGAGAGGUGACCUUUCAGUGAAAUUUACCAACUGGGGUGCCACUAUUGUGUCUGUUCUUGUACCAGACAAGCAUGGGAAGUUGGAUGAUGUUGUUCUUGGGUAUGAUUCUAUUCGGGAGUAUCAGAACGACACGACGUAUUUUGGUGCGAUUGUUGGACGAGUUGCAAAUCGAAUCAGUGGCGCGAAAUUUACUCUGAAUGGAGUUCUACACAAGCUGAUUGCUAAUGAAGGCAACAACACACUUCAUGGUGGUACUAGAGGCUUCAGUGAUGUUGUCUGGAAAGUAACCAAGUAUGAGAAAAGUGGUAGCUCUCCUCAAAUCGUUUUUUCCUACCGCAGUUUCGACGGUGAAGAAGGUUUUCCUGGUGAUCUAUUGGUGACUGCCAAUUACACACUCAUAGCAAACAACCAACUGAAGUUAACAAUGAAAGCCAAGGCUCUAAACAAGCCUACUCCUGUAAAUCUAGCUCAACAUACAUACUGGAAUCUUGGUGGACAUAACAGUGGCGACAUUUUGUCGAAUCGUCUUCAGAUCUUCGGAUCCCGAAUCACGGUUGUCGAUAACUAUCUGAUUCCAACUGGAAAGUUAGAAUCUGUGAAAGGAACUCCAUAUGAUUUUCUGAAGCCCCAUAAGGUUGGAAGCAGAAUAAACAAGCUUCCAAAAGGGUACGACAUGAACUACGCGCUCGACCACGGCACCGGGGACGAAAAGGUGAAGAAAGCAGCAGUGGUGCAUGACGAGAAGUCGGGACGGCUGUUGGAGGUAUCGACAAAUGCUCCUGGGGUUCAGUUGUAUACAGGGAACUAUAUAAAGGACGUGAAGGGGAAGGGGGGGUUUGUGUACCAAGCUCAUGCAGCGCUUUGUUUGGAGACACAAGGAUAUCCUGAUGCAGUGAACCAUCCCAAUUUCCCUUCAACCAUUGUGACUUCUAAGAAGCCUUACAAUCACAUUAUGCUGUUUAAGUUCUCAGCUAAGUGAAGUGUUUUUACUCAUGUAGCUUUGAAAAUAAGGUUCCUCUUCUUUCUACCCGAAUCUUCGAGGUUGAAAAUAAACAAAACUCGUUCCCGUUCAUGUUCAUGUU